CCGCCAUUUUGCAGAGUGUUGGGAAAACAUUCGGCUGUCAUUUUUCUUUUCCAGUAGAAAGUGCACCGAGCACGUUGAAAGAUGCAAAUUUUCGUGAAAACCCUAACGGGUAAGACCAUCACCCUCGAGGUCGAGCCCUCCGAUACUAUCGAAAAUGUGAAGGCCAAGAUCCAGGACAAAGAGGGAAUCCCCCCAGAUCAGCAACGUUUGAUCUUCGCCGGUAAGCAGCUCGAGGAUGGACGCACCCUCUCCGACUACAACAUCCAGAAGGAGUCGACCCUCCACUUGGUGUUGCGUCUCCGUGGUGGUAUCAUCGAACCAUCCCUCCGUAUCUUGGCCCAGAAAUACAACUGCGACAAGAUGAUCUGCAGAAAGUGCUACGCCAGGUUGCACCCGCGUGCCACCAACUGCCGCAAGAAGAAGUGUGGACACACAAACAACUUGCGCCCAAAGAAGAAGUUGAAGUAGACGAGUAGACGUUCUCGCGCUUACAUAUUUUUUAUUAUUAUACGGCAGUAUCAGCGUUUGCCGAAAUAAUCAAUAUAUUUGGUCAUUAAAGAGCAUUUGAUCAGUA